CUGGUUACAUAUAUUGAUUCACUCAUAUACCACGUUAUUUUCUCUCGUUUCGUUUUAGUGGAGGAAAUCGUGCCAAAUGUGAUCGAACCGUCAUUCGGACUUGGUCGAAUUCUAUAUGCUGUGUUCGAGCACUCGUUCCGUGUCCGUGAAGGAGACGAACAGCGUACGUAUCUCUCGGUCCCCCCUGUGUUGGCACCGUACAAAUGUUCUGUGCUACCGCUCUCCAGCCAUCCGGACUUUGCCCCAUUCGUCCGUCAGUUGUCGGACGCUCUGACCCGAGCUGGAGUUACGCACCGCAUCGAUGAGAGUAGUGGUUCCAUUGGACGCCGAUACGCGCGAACAGAUCAGAUCGCGAUCCCGUACGGGAUUACGGUCGAUUUCGACACAGUGAACAAAAUUCCGGCCUCCGCUACUCUGCGUGAACGAGACAGCAUGAAACAGAUUCGAGUACCGCUUCUUGAACUACCUGCUCUGGUUAGUGAUCUAUCCAACCGGCUGCUUGACUGGACAGAGGCACAAACCAAAUACCCGGCAUUUGAACAACAAGAAACCGGUAAACAAAAUUAA